CGACAAUCAGCUGAUUUGGUCACAUGACCUUCGCUAACAUGCAGCUAGCCUCCUAGCACAACAGCAGAGAUAGCAGGAGUGUAAAUAGUCCUCCGUUUUGGGGCAAAACGACACAAAGAAAUGAGUGAACAAAGCUCGAGUCUCCCCCUGGGCUUCAUGGCAGUGACGGAGCGUGUCCACUUGUGACGGCUGAGCGGAUUGGAGGAGGGUCUCAGUGACAGUGGUCAUGCAUCCCUUCGGCUGCGAGGCGGAGACCUCCCUGCAGGAGCUGUUUGAGUAUUUUAAGAGAUGCCUGCAGCACGGGGAGUGGGAGCUGGCCAACGCCUGCGUCCCUCAGCUGGUCAACUCCACGGGGGGGCUCUCAGAGAAACUGCGAGACAUAAUCAAAGCCAUCGUCAGCCACCCGUACAACUUAAAAUGGGAGUCUGUGGGCAGUCCGCACAAACUGGCUUGGUUUUGGCUUCAGGUGUUGGAGAAAUGGACAGACGAGCAGGUUCCUCCGGACGUCAGGAGAGAGCUGGAGUUCCUGCUGCUCCUGGAGGAACUCGGCUCAGAAAACAUACCAGAGACUGUCCUCAAGGAGUUGCACCGGGCCUUUCUGAACUCGCAGUCGGAGCAAAAACCUCCAGAGGGUCAAAGGUCAACAGACGCCGCGGUCGAGUCCUGCCUGCGGACGUUACUGGAGAAGAAGAAGCCCAGACUUGCCCAGACCUUAGCACAUUUCUUACAGUGUUCCUCAGAGGAGCGUCCGCUGCAGCUCACCUUCAUCCAACACCUGCUGCAGCAGCUGAGGAAACCGGAGUCUCGGCCUGAGAAGGUGGAGCAGUUUGUGGAGGAAAUGUACUCCGUGUUGUCCGUGAUGCCGUGGAGCUCCAGGAAGACGGGCGGGGGUCAGCUGGAGGCCCUGUGUGAGGCCCUGUGGGGGGCCAGAGACGGGCCCCUGAAGGAGGAGAGGGUCCUGGGCUCACUGCUCCGCCCUCAGGGGGACGACCUCGUCUCCGUGUACUGCUCCGUCGCCCUGAGGCUCCAGAGGGACCACCUGCUGAGGAGCGCCCCUCUAACUCAAGUGGAGCUUCCUGAAGCGGAGAAGCUGGCCCUCAGUUUGUGUUGCCACAAGGAUCGCCCGUCCAUCUGGAAGACCAUUUACUUUGAGUGCCUGAGCAGUGGGAAGCACUUCCUGGAGCAGGUCUUGAUCACGGCUCUGGACCUGAUCAAACACGAGGAGUUUUCUGCGCUGAGAGAUUUACUUCAGCUGGAGUUUCAGCCUCUCUCUCGCCUGCUGUUGCUCCUGGGAUGGACGCAGUGUCGCAGCCUGAGCGCCGCCCAAACGCUGCUCAGCGUCCUGCACCGAGAGCAGGCUGCAGCCAAUGACUCCGUUCUGCAGGAGUUUUCCAACCUGUUGUCCUCUCAGCUUGGAGUCCUUGAAUGGUGUAAAAACAACAAUCCAGGGAUUUCUAUGGAGGCGUUGCUGGCUCAGCUUCAUACUCUGGACCAUCACUCCGCUCUCUAUAUCCUGCACUCUCUCACUCCUCUUCCUCAGUUUGAGGAGCGCAGGAUACUGGAUCUGCUGCAGCCGCUGCCAAACUCACCUGCACCAGAAGACCCUGAGGCCGUCAGUGAUCUGAGUUCUGGUGUGCAGAGGAACAUCGUUUUGUUCCAGGGGUUUUGUGCCAUGAAGUAUGCCGUCUACGCUGUGUGUGUGAACGCUCAUAAACACUCUCACUGUGCCGAGUGUGAGUCCCUGCAGCAGCAGACGUCUGGCACAGAAACAGAAGACAAGCAAACCCCUGCUUCCUCAGACGGUCUUCCUCUUCUGUUCCAGCACUUCCUGUCUGAAUGUCAGCUCCACCUGCAGGCCGUUCCCUCCAUCUUCCGCCUGGAGCUCCUGGAGAACAUCUUCUCUCUUCUCUUCCUCUCCACCGCCGACUUCUCCCCACACAUCCACAAAGACUCGAACUCAAGCCCUCACAAGGGGAAUGCAUCUCAGUCUGAAUGCUUAUCAGAAACCAGGAACACAGAUGAAGAACUGGGAGCUAAAGAGAGGACGGAGGAGACGGAGAACAAUAAAAAGAAGCAGAAGCUGCCUAAAUGUAAUCACCUGGAGCUGGGACACUUCAUCCAGGGCUGCAGGGGGUUCCUGGCUGACGUGACGGCCAUGACGGGCUUUUUGAAGCUGCUGAAGGAAGGGUUGGAGGGCAUGAGUGUGGAGGAGCUUCAGGAGGGGAAGGAGGCCACGGAGGGUCUCGGAUGCUCCAUAACGGCGGAGACUUUUGCGGCUCGUCUGCAGAGAUUAUCCAAACGCACCGCCGAGGCUCAGUGGAGGCUGCAGAUCAUCAGCAGCAACCAGAGCAGCGGGAGCGGUUCAGACGUUCCUCUCCAGGUUUCAGCGCUCAGCUCUCCCGUCUCGUCUCUGAGUCGCAGCAAGAGCUUGAGUCUGAGGAGGAGGAAGAGAGCGGGGAGACAAAACUCUGUGGAGAAACACAACGGAGAAGUGAGCCCCAGCGCUUCAGAGGGUGGAGGGGGGAGUGUGGAGGUGGAGGUUUGUCCGUGUGGAGGUCCUCACAGCUGGCUGGUCCCCGCCAUGCUGUCGCCCCCAGAGUCUCUCCUCAUGUCCUGCAUCCGCAGAGGGAACUUCAUGGAGGCUCAUCAGGUGUCUCUGGUGUUUGAUCUGGGGGCGUCUGCCUGCAGCGCGGAGCUGGUGUUCAUGGAGCGCUACAAAGAGGUGCUGGUGGAGCUGGGCCGGGUGGAGCAGAAGAUGGAGAGCCGCUCCAUGUCUUCAUCCUCCUCUUCCUCAGAGGGUCUGGGGUCAGCUGGAGGGAGGAUUCGGCUGGGCAGCAGCGGGAGAUCCACCCUGCAGGCCAUCGGGAGUGCUGCGGCUGCAGGUGUAGCCUUCUACUCCAUCUCGGACAUCGCAGAUCGCCUCCUCAGCACCCCGGCUCACCCCAUGCCCUCCCUGGAGGAAGGGUACUGGCUCAGCUUCUCCUCCUCUUCCUCCUCUGACUCCUCCAUCCUCCUCCACUCCCUCCUGGAGGAGCUCAGCCCCCCCGCUAUGGCUGCCUUCGACCUGGCCUGCUGCCACUGCCAGCUGUGGAAGACGUCCCGGCAGCUGCUGGACACGGCGGAGAGAAGACUCAGCAGCAGCCUGGAGGCUAGAGGAGUGAGAUCGGACACUAAGGCGCCCCACUCUGAGGGGAUCCGAGGAUUUCCCACGGUGCUUCAUCAGAUCAACAAGAUCCUCAAUCAUCCCGCCACCAACAAGAGCUCUGGCAAAUCAGAUGUUGGUGAGGACCCGGUGUUCUCCGGCCCGUUUGGAUGCAGCACGCAGGAAGUUCUGCUGAGUUGUUACCCGGCGCUGAGCGAGGAAUGCAUCGCUGCUCGACUCGCUCUGACGCAGCGCUUAGAGACGACGCUGAACAUCCUGAGCACGGCUACAGAGGGCACAGAGGGCAUUGUGGGUAGCGCUCUCCUGGCUCAGCUGGUAGAGCAGGCGGGUCUGAAGCAGGCGGAGCUGGAUAAUCACCCUGUUCGCUGCAGCAUGAAGCAGCUUCUCCGCUCUCUGGACCAGCUCUGCCCCUUCGAGCCCGACGGAGAUCCUGCCAGACCCGACUACGUAAGAAGUUUCCUCGACUACGUCAACACGCUGGCGUCUGUGCUGGUGCGCAGCCUCGGAUCAGAAGAUCAGAGCAGUGAAGUGAAGCUGGGGAAUCCUCUGCUGGUGUUGCUUCAGACCCCAUUCCAGCUUUUCUCCCACCUGCUGUUUGACAGACAGGUGUCUCCGGACAGAGUUCUGUCCUUGCUGCAGCAGGAGCGUCUGCGUCUGAGCGUCCAGCAGGUGAUCGUGCAGAGAUGCUGUGAGGCUCUUCCUGUGUGGGUCUCCAGCUCCGGGGAUGUCUCCAGUCCCCAAAACAAAGAUGGUGGAGUGUUUGGAGUUGCUAAUUUAUCCAUCCUGCUCCAGCAGCACACUCAGGAGCACAUGUCCACUCUGGGAAUCACAGAAACUCAGUCUGACGCCAGCUCUGAGUCUGAUGCCUCAGUGGAAGAGCCUUCCUCUGCACCCACUAACCUCUCCACCUCACCUCCUUCUUCUUCCUCCUCCUCCUCUUCCUCCUCCACCUCAAGCUCUUUCCUCCUCACACCAUCGGCCCUGUCUUUCCUAAAGUCCCGCUCCCCAUUACUGGCGACCUUGGCGUGUCUGAGCGCCGGUAAAGGAGAAACGGCUCGAUCACAACCCUCCGGAUGGUCGGGUUAUUUCCGCAGCAACCGGAAAGAAGUCGUGCUCGAUGGAGAGCAGAUUUCCCGGGAAGCAGACGCCCUCCUGAAGGAGUUCCCAAUCCUCCAGGCGUACCUCCACACCAUGGCUGAACCCCUGCUGGGCUCCCUGGGUAAUGAAGGUGAGGACAGUGCAGGACUGGGGGCGCUUCUCUGUGGGAAACCCCUGGUCAGUCUGCUGCUGUCGGGGCCUCAGGAGGAAGUUUCCCAGGCUCUGGCAGCGGAAGCUUUCCAGAAAUCUCUCUCCUCCAGAGACCUGAGCCGAGCUCUCAGCCUGCUGGAGCUGUACGGGCAGCGCUGCAGCCAGCAGGGGGCGCUGAGGGACCGCCUGCUCGCCUGCGCCGCCUUAGAGGAUGGAGAUGCAGGGAUAGGUCAGCUGUUCCGGGUGCAGGAUGCAGAUCUGAGAGCUCGAGUCGCCCUGCAGGCUCUUCAUCGCUGGCCUCUGUCCGCCUGCCUCGAGCUGCUCGACUUCUGCCUCAACGACCCCGUCACCGAGGCCUCGCUGAGGAAAGACCUGGAGCUCAAGAAGAAACAACUGGACAUCUAUAAAUGGAUGUUGAAUUUGAAGCCUCCUCUGCCGUGGGCGACCUGGCAGGAGCUGAAGGCCGAGUCCAAAACAAACUCUGAGACCAUUUUAUCUAAGAUGAUGGAGGCUAAAGAGUUUGCUCUGUGUGCUCAGUGGGUCGAUCUCUAUCCUGUUUCUGAUCAGCUGAAACUGAAGCUUCAGACGGAGCAUUUACUUCACCUGCUGGAGAAGGGACAGACGGAUGAAGCUUUCCAGUUACUGGAGGGCCUCUCGGACUCUGCGUUGGGUCUGGAUGUGUGUGAGCGAGCUCUGGACCUCCGCCCCGGUCUGCCUGCAUGUCACUUCCUGGCCGACUUCCUCACUCUGCACUUCCAGAGGCAGGUGUCUCCGGCGCGAAGACGCCACAUCCACGCCCUGCACCUGGGCUCCAAGGUGUUGCUGACGCUGCCCUCCUCCGCCCGGCAGGAUUACUUCCCGCUGCUGUCGGAGCCGCUGCUGAUGCUGGAGCAGCUGCUGAUGAACCUGAAGGUGGACUGGGCGGAGGUGGCGGUGCGAACGCUGCGCAGCCUCGUGAUUGGUCAGGAGGCCGGCUUCAGCUCAGAGGACAUCGAUAAACUUCUGGCAGAAUACGGCGGCAAGGCGCUCGACUUCUCCUGCGCUCCCAGAGAGAGGAGCCGCUCAGACUCAGUGAUCAGCCUGCAGGACUCUCUGAUGCAGUGUCCGGCUCAGGACAGCAGCUCCCUCUCCUCCAGCAGGAUCGAAUCCCCAACACCUUCUACAGCCAGCACCCCCACACACACGCUCUCCUCUAGCAGCAGCGACAGGGAGAAGGACCGGAGCUCCGCGGGGAGGAAACAUCGAUCCUCUGCAAAGUUCCAGCCUCCAGAACAUCCCCCGGCCCGGAAAGACUGGGUCCCCGACACCAAGCAGCUCAUGUGCAUGGUCUGCCAGAGGGAGAGGUUCACCAUGUUCAACAGACGGCAUCACUGUCGCCGGUGCGGCCGUCUGGUUUGUCACGCCUGCUCGGAGCACAAGAUGCUGGUGGCAGGAUGUCCGAGAGAAGAGGAGGUCCGGGUCUGUGACCAGUGCUACGCCUACUUCCACACAGAUUCUGACGAUGAGAUGGAACCAGCUGAAGACACAGGAAGUCCCGUGGUGACAGAGGAAACUUUAGAUGGGAUGCUGCAUCUUCCCGAAGUGAUCCAACGACAGAUCCACCUGAGCACGAACCCUGCCGAGAACCAGCUGCUGCGGAGCGAGUUCUACUACGAACAGGCUCCCAGUGCGUUCCUGUGCGUGGCGCUGCUGUCUCUGCACAGCGAUCAGACGGCCUGCGGGCAUCAGCUGAUCAGCCACUGCCGCUCUCUGUCUCGGAAACUGACAAACCCUGAGGUGGACGCCUGCCUGCUCACUGACAUCAUGAAGCAGCUGCUCUUCAGCGCAAAACUCAUGUUCGUCAAGGUGGGCCGCAGCCAGGACCUCGCACUGUGCGACAGCUACAUCAGCAAAGUAGACGUGCUGAAGAUUCUGGUGACGGCGAACUACAAAGACAUUCCUUCUCUGGACGACAUCGUGGAGACUUCUGCCAUCACUCGCCUCCGCCACCAGCUGCUGGAGGCCGAGCACUACCAGCUGGCCGUGGAGGUGUCUACAAAGAGUGGUCUGGAGACAGGGGGUGUGUGGCAGGCGUGGGGGAUGGCCUGUCUGAAGGCAGGAAACCUCUCUGGAGCCAGGGAGAAGUUUUCCCGCUUCCUGAAGGCCCCUCUGGACAGGAACCAGCUGAACUUGGGGCCCUUACUGCUGCAGGAGGUGGUGCAGCACCUGGAGAACACCGUGCAGCUCAAUCUGAACUCGUCUCCAGGUGAGGACAUCCUGGCGUCCCUCAGGGAUCUGGAGGAGGCUCUGAGUGAGUGUUCGGGUCCUUCUGAUCGCAGCGAGGCUCCUCUGCAGGGCGUCCGGCAGCAGGAGUGUCUCUUCUACCUGAACACCUUCGGGACACACCUGGCGCUCGUCAGCUUCUACAUGAGACACGACUGCAUGACGGAGGCGCUCACCUACCUGCUCAACAAGGAGUGCCCGGAUGAGGUGUUUCUGGAGGGUGUGUUGCAGCCCAGUCUGGAGAAAGGGCGGCUCGGCUCUCUGCAGAGCAUCAUGGAGAAACUGGACCCGGGUCUGGAGACCUGCAGCCGGUACCUCAUCGCCUCCUGCCAGUUCCUGCAGAGGAGAGGAUACUUCAACACCCUCUACCAGCUGCAGCAGUUCAUGACGGAUCACGUGCGAGCAGCCAUGACUUGUAUCAGAUUCUUCACUCAUGGAGCCACUUCCUACCUGCAGCUGGGAGAAAACCAGAGCUGGCUGGUCCGGGCCAAAGAGCACCUGAGGACGUUCCUGCAGGAGCAGCAGGGCCGAGGGGGCGGGAAGAGGAGGUCGCAGGUCAACUCCUUCAGGAAGAUGAUGUCCUCCAGUGACGUCUCCAGGCAUAUGAACACCAUCGAGCUGCAGCUGGAGGUGACUCGCUUCCUGCACCGCUGUGAGAGCGCCGUCUCUCCGAAGUCUCCUCAGACGGCAAAAUGUUCCCCCAAAUCCCCCGGAGCCAGCGCCCCCCCCACCCUGUUCGGAGGAAGCCCCGUGAAGGUGGAGGUCGCCUGCAAGGUGAUGCUCGGAGGGAAAAACAUUGAGGAGGGUUUUGGUAUCGCUUAUAGAGUCGUACAGGACUUCCAGCUGGAGGCCCAGACGCUGUAUGUUCGUGCCGGGCAGAGACUCGUCCGGCAGCGGCAGUACGGCGCCGUGCGGCAGCUCCUGAAAUGUGUCGGGGAGUCGGGAACCGCCACCAAGAACGACUGCGACGCCCUGAUCCUCAGCUGCGUCUCCAUCGCAGAUAAGAGCCCGGCAGAUGCCAAGGAUCUGGAAAGCCUCAUUCUGGAGGCCAAGAGCACAGAAAGCAAGAUCAAAGCCUACCUGCUGUGCGGCAAGCUGCGCCCGGCGUACCUGCUGGCGGUGAAGCUGGAGGCGGGUCGCGCCGGUCCUCUGGUGCAGGACGUCCUGCAGGCAGCAGAGGGAGUGCAGGACUCUGUGAUGCAGAACAUCUGCAGCCAGUGGCUCUCUGAGCACCACAGCAAGUCUGCUCAGCAGCGCCAGGCCCGACCCAGCCCCAGGUAGAGCACGAUUCACAAGGGAUCUCACAGAACAGCACUUAAAAACUGAAGAGAGGAUCCAGGGUAAAACGGUUAUAGAAACACGCUUUCAGAUAGAAACGACUGCAGGUUUUAUGUAACAGUAGAGCAGCUGUUGCACAUGUUACUUUUUGGUACUGUAAUCAUUUAUAUAUAGCACAUUUAAGGCCAUUCAAGUCAACGAUGUGAACUGAUGACCUAAACUAGAUUUGGUGUCGAGCUCAAAUUUGACUUGAACCUGCAAAAGUUUAAAGGGACAGUUCACACCAAAAUAAGAAAUGCACAAUCCUUUCUCUUGCCUGAAGUGCUUUAUAUUAAUCUAAAUUUCAUGUAGGAACUAUUUUAUUUCAACACCUGAAAACCAUAUCACCACAUGCGUGAAAACAUGGAUUGUUUUUGUAACCGGGUCAUGAUUUCUUGACAUCACUCUGGAGGUUUCCAAUUAGUUUUUUAGGGUAUUCAAGGUACUUGGGUAUCCGACGUAGAGAUUUCAAUAUAAUAGAACUAGAUGGCAUUUUUAACAAUAGAAAAAUACAUUUGAGAAAGACAACAUCGAUGUAUUUUUCUAAGAUGUUCCACCAAAACUAUCUACAUUGAUAAAAAGCACCACAGGUUUUUAUUUGAAAGGUGUACUGUCCCUUUUAAAUUGUGGAUCACUGUGAAACUAGGCGUGGUCUCAGGUGAAACACAAUCUGAUUUCCAGCCUGGAGUUGAGUUUGUCUUUGAGUAGAAACAUCUAGAAAACCCUGAUGAUCACUUCCUCUGUGCAGCCCUGAAACUGUCCAAUCACCACCGUGCUUUACUUGCUUGUAUCUCUCAUCUUCACUCUGUUUGAGAGGGAACAAGGUUACGACAACUAACAGAUUCUUACACAUGAACAUAUCUACGACUCAGUAUUGGGCGAAGAUUCAUCUCCUACCUCAGCAAAAAGGGAAAAUAUCUUUAACUGACUGGAAGGCCUCUGACGAAAUGUGUUUUCUGACUUUUGUUUUUGUUUAAUUUGUAUGUCUUUAUCGUUUCUAUGUGUGUGAAUUUACUCCGCAAUGAGAUGUCGUCCGCCAAGAACGGUACACGAAACUGAACAAAUGUUGUACUGUGUUUUUGUUAAUCCCCAUGAAGAUGUUUACUGUUUUACCUGAUGUUAUAUUGCACAUUUAAUGGCCAGCUUUCAGCGAUUAUUCCCUUUUGGUAAGGGGAAUUCAUAUUUAAAAAAAAUAAAAAUAAGUAUGUUUGAGAUGUUGUUAAUCAAUUACAAGGCUUGAAUAUAGAAAGGGACCCACUUCAAGAUCAUGUUGUCAAUCAAAUUGAUUUCUCAUUAUAUGGUUUUGAUUUCUCAUCUUGUGUGAACCUGUUUUGGUAAGAGUGUGCCUAAUUUUAAAUCAUGCUUUACACUUUGUUAUAAUGCCUAAACUCUAUAAAUCCACAAUGAUUAACUUACAUAGUCAAUGAGGUUUUUAAAAAAAAAAAAGGGAUUCAACUUUUGCCAUAUGGUUUAUUUUGCUGUUUGAUGUUGUGUUCUCACCCUGGCAGUGCAAAAGGUAACCGUGUUUUGAUCUUAUUUACACAACAAUCACCAUGUUGCAGAAACUGCCUUUUCAUGGAUGCAAGAUUCAUUUCUGAUGAUAUAAUCAAGGUCUUCUUUAUUUUGAUGAAGAUAAUGUGUCGCUUCCCUCUGCUGCACUAGACUGACGGAUGUUCCUGUGACAGUAAAUGUUGUAGUCUCGUUGCCAGCCUAGUGAACCCGGACAUUUUGAGUACCCCAAAGUUUUAUGUUAGAAAUGUAUAGUACGGGUCCAGUGCAAGCAUGCCAACUUGAAAAUGUCACAAUAAGCAUAAGUUCCAUAAAUAGUAUAUGCAGACGAUAGCAAAAAAAUGGCUUGCCGAUUUGGACAGUUUUUGUGUGGUUGCUGAAGUUAUUGAGGAUGUUGAAUCUAUCAAAAAUUGUAGUUUUGAGUCCCGGAAAACUUUAAAUCGACUCAAAAUCAGCCCAACAGGAGUACACUUUCUGGUUAAAAUUUCAAAAAUAAAUUCCAACUUCCUCAAUAGCCUACUCUCCAAAACUAUGUGUCCAAAUCGGCAAAGCCAUCCUAUAGCUAUUGUCUGCAUAUGCUAAUUAACGCAAUUUAUACGAAUUGCCCAACAUAUGCAAGUUAGUAUCCGGCAGUUUCUAUGUGCUGGGGACACCUACUGUACAUUUAUAACAUAAAACAUUGGGGUACUCAACAUUUCGGGGGUUCAUAAUAGGAUGAGCUGACAGACUAUCAAACGGAAAGAGAUUAAUGAAGACGUUCUUGCACUCUAAUCCUCCUGACUGUUGUUUGAUCACUGCCGCACUUUAAACUUAGUAAAUACACUUCUUUUGGUAAAAAAAUAAAUACAUCUAAUUCAGUUACUGCUUUGACGAUGCAGGUACAAAUGAUUUUGAAAUGUAAUUGAUUUCUUCAUCCCCUGUAAAAUAACAUGUUGUGAAGAUGAUAAUAAACAUUUACAAAAAUGUGGAA